AUGGCGAGACCAAAGCGUGAAUGGGAGGAAGGCAUGAAUUCCGACGCUGGCGAAUACCCUCACAGAAAGAGACCUCGUCGCGACUCGCUGGAGGGGGCAGAAGAUGACUUCGCUCGCGCCCAGGCCAGCCUGGAUAGGAAGCGACGCCAGAGACAGCAGCCCACUCAGCAGCAGACAUCGACGAUGUCAGAGGCGCAUGAAUUUGCUAACGUUUCUGCGGAUAGACUGUACAGGCUACAAACAUACAACGAGAGACGCCACGACGUGGUGGGACACGACAGACUGUCGUCGCGGCCCUCUUCAGGUCCGCAUCGCCCAAGCAACCAGCACCAAGCAACCAGCGAUAGACGGCACAUGAUUCAACACCACAACGACCACCGCCACGACGCGGCGACUCACGACAGACUGUCGUCGCGGCCCUCUUCAGGUCCGCAUCGUUCAAGCAACCAGCCUCGACCCUCGCAUCAGGUACAUCGAGAGAGCUACGACAGCUACGUCCCGCAGCAAACCCUGGCUCGAGACCAGACACGACGACCAGAGAAUCAUGACCGCGAGAUCAAGCCUAGACCAGGAUCUAGACCCCAGAACCCAAGCAGAGGGGUCUACCACGACUUCGCCCGGGAAGGACGUGGCCGCCCUGCCCCUUCCCGUUUUGACCCGCCAGCCCAACCACGAGGCAGUGAUCGAGACCAGCGGCCAUCAUACAGGUCACUGUCAAGAGGUGAUAAUCAUGGCUGGGGUCAAUCAAUUCAACGCGAGCCCGAUAUUACCUCAGACCGAGGUCGAUUUCACCGUCCACCGCGAUUCACUGAAAGGCGCUUCCAGCCCCCCCAAGAAAUUCGCGACAAGCCGCCUUUCUGCGAGAAGGUCAAGCUCAACAAGGAAGAUGCAGAGAAGCUCGUCACCCACGGCCGACAGUCAAUCGACCGUCAUGUUGAGCUCAGGUGUGGGAACUGCGGCCACAGAGGCCAUCGUCUGAUUGACUGCAUCUGGCCAGAUCUCUCGGGCCAGAUCAGUGGCUGCCCAUUGUGCAACACGAAGCUGCAUCAUUUGGAUGAAUGUGCUCGAGUAUCGCGGCUCUCCAAGGCCCAGUUGUAUCACCUCCUCGUCCAUAGAAGAGGCAACAGGCCAGCGAUCGCCUCGAGGACCCCUUGGGUUGAUCUCGUCAUGGGGGCCGCGACUUCCUCAAUUGAAAUCAAAGAUCCACGAGGGGGCCCUUUUCCUUGGACCAAGGACUUCGCCAAGAGCCAGGGGCACGUCUGGUGCAAGUACGCAAACCGCUCGGGUCCCUUGUGGGAGUUUUACGACUACAGGGCGGGAAAGGAGGAAAGGAUGCCUUUGCCAAUUGACCCCAAGACGAAGAAUUUGGAAAAGGUCUUGAGCAGCGUGGAGGAAUUGCGCAGAACUGAGGUGCACCUUGGGUUGGGGCAGAAUGCGCUCACUCUUUAG